AUGGACGCUCAAGGCCAUUCCCUCGUCUCCUAUCUCUGCUCCAUCUGUUCCACCAUCCCCUGGAUCAUGUUGAUGCCCGAGGACCUCCCCGCUCAACAACACCACAAGUCCCUAGACGCACUAAUCACCUCGGCCAAGACAUGUCGUCUCUGCAACCUCGUCCUGCACGCCGCCGUCUCCAACUACCGGCGCUCGCUCGACCCCCCCGACGGCCACCCGCGCUGGCGCCGCUUCGAAACCGUGGGCGCAAUCGACGAUCCCGCCACCGGUGCAGUGCGCAAGAUCGCGUACAAAAAAGAGCUGGGCGCAUGCAUGAUGACGGGCGAAUCGGACGUGUGCAGCGAAAACCAAAGCCGGGGUGGGUAUUUCACCGCGAUGAAGAUGGAGUGGAGCACGGAUCUGCAGUUUGGCCGCGCAGUCAUCAUCGCAACCAGCGAAACUGGGCAAGCUGAAGGGGUGGCGCCCGUCGAAGACGAGCCGAUUGACUUGGAGGAGCUGCGGAAGCUGGUCCCGGCUUCCCAUGGCGUGUGGGUGUACGGGAAUCACUGGAGUAAGGGCGAAGCGGCGAAUUUCAACGAGAGCAUCAAGGACCUUAGCCUUAUCAAUAUGGUUGGGAUUGGCGCGCGUUUUGCACCUUCGGGGCUUGUGUUUGAUGCUAUUAAUAAUCCGACGCGGAGUCUGCAUAUUCGGGGGAGUGCGUUGUCUAUUUGCACGGACGAAGACGAAGGACCACCACAUAUCCAGCGCCGCUUCCGAGAACUGAAAUCAGAUUCGGACAUUGCGUUUCGUCGAUUAGAGCGGUGGAUGGAGGACUGCAGGACCAAGCACAAGUGCCGGCCUCCGCUUCUGAAUCCCACUUUACCCACGCGGGUCCUUGACGUAUUUGCUUCAGACCGGACAGUUGCGUUGCUCGAGACCCGUGGCCAAAGAGGGAAAUACGUAGCGCUUAGCCACUCGUGGGGCAAGUCGCCGCGGUUGAUGGCGACAAAGGCCACUGUGGAGGACAUGGAGGAUGGCAUCGCUAUAUCGUUUCUGCCAAAGACAUUCCAGGAUGCAAUACAGAUUACUAAACGCCUUGGUAUUAGAUACUUGUGGAUAGACUGCCUAUGCAUUAUCCAGGACGAUGCGCAAGACUGGGAACGAGAAGCCUCUACCAUGGGUGAUCUCUACCUGAACUCGUAUCUUACUAUAUCCGCCGCCAACUCAACCAACAGUUAUACCGGCUGCUUUCCCAAACGCACUGCGGACCCAUAUAUCUCAUCAGCAUCUCUAUCGCUGGGAUAUAACUCCGCAAUACAAGUCCCAGGGCCAGAGAGCUGCACUGUGGGCAUGUCCCACGACCCCGGCCGUCCGCCAUCCUAUCUCCACGUCUGGAAAGAAUGGAUGCCAGGCUCAUGCUCCAACUCGAUGCAGCGAUGUAGAAUUGGAACAUUUGGCAAGGAAUUCGACCCCAUCGCUGACGAGCCCCUGAGUGCUCGAGGCUGGACGCUCCAAGAACGCCUCCUCCCAACGCGCAUCAUCCACUACGCCAAAGACCAAAUGUUCUUCGAAUGCGCCGACGCCAUCCGCUCCGAAGACGGCUUCGUCUUCCCCAGCGUCUUCUUCAGCCUCGACCUGCUCCUGCGCAGCCAGCUAAUCGACCAUCUCGAGCACGGCGCCUCAAAAGACACGCUCUCGCUCAUCCCCGGCGGCGACGCCAUGCAAGGCAUCCGCUGGAAAUGGGGCUGGCUCGGCCUCGUGCAGAACUACUCCCAGCGCAAGCUGACGUACCAGACGGACAAACUAACGGCGUUAGCGGGUUUGGCGCGUAUCGUGGCAGAACGGACGGGCGAUAGAUACUAUGCUGGCUUGUGGGCGGCGCAUUUCCUCGAGGAUGCGUGCUGGCGCGUGUAUCCGCAAGAGGAGACUAUGGUCAAGCAAAAGCCGGUAAAGGGAAAGAUCCUUGGACCUGUAGUCAGACCAACGGAGUACCGUGCACCGAGUUGGUCGUGGGCCUCGCUGGAUGCACCGAUUCGCUUCCUCGCUCUCAGUUUCCCUAACCUGCUAGCUCGCGUGGUCAAAUGUCUUACAACACCAAGCGGCACCGACCCAUACGGGCAAGUAAAGGACGGCAAGCUCGUCAUCGAGGCACGUAUCUCCUCCUUCUCUCAAACGCAAGCUAACACGCCGCCCCAGGGACCCGUAUACGAAAUCCAGCCCUACAGCCCCAAAGUGUGGAACCACCACGGCAUCCCGGUAGAAAUCCGCUUCGAAGACGACCGGCCCCCUUCCGACGGUAAACUAUACCUCGACGAUCCAGCCUCAGAGCUCAAGUUUCCUUGCUACGCGCUCUUCCUGGACCCGGCGUACGCCCUCGUGCUGCGGACCCGCCGUGGACGUCCUGCCAUCGACAACGGCGACAUCCCACGCAGUGCAGACCACCUGCUGAAGGACGAUGUAUCCGAGCAGCUGGUGACCAGCAAUGAUGCGCUUCGCAGCGUGAAAGAAGACCCUCGGCGGAAGGGCUGGGUGUUCCAGGCAAUUGCGAACACGGAGCGUAUUGGGCUAGCUUCGUUCGCGAAGGGGUACAAGGACGUGCCGAGGGAGGCGCAGGAUAGGGAGCCAGCGGAUGUGAAGCCCGGGGAAGUGAAGUGGGAUGAUAUUCAGAAGGUGUCGAGGGAGGAGUCGUGGGGCCCGAUUACGAAAGAUGAUCCUGCGAUUAGGGUUACGGUGCUCUAA